UGUCCUUCAUACCCUCUCCGCCAUUCAACAUGGACAGACCAUCAACGCCACUGCACGGGUCAAUGCACGUGGAUACAUCACCCAGCUUCUGAGGUAUGAAACAAUACUUACAGCUCAGAUCUUCCUGAGAAUUUUCCAGGUCACCUCACCAGUCUCAAAAUACCUUCAGAAAAGUGGAAUGGACAUCCUGACAGCUCAUCGGAUGAUUGUGGCUGCAGAAACACAGCUGAAAGAUAUGACCAGAGACUUCGAGAAAGUCAAGACGGCGGCCGCCACAUUCGUCCAGUGGGCCAACAAUCAAACAGAGGAGCAGAGUGAGGAGACUGAGCUGGAGGUUGAGGCCGCUCUGCCACAGAAACGGGGUAGAAAGAAGAAAACCAUGCCUGGAGAGAUGUCCAAGGAUGAGGCUGUGACUGAUGCUGAAACAUCAUACAAGAUUGAUGUCCAUAAUCAAAUCAUGGACACAGUCACAGGAAGCAUGCACCACCGCUUCCUCAAAAAUGGCACUUUGUAUGCUGAUUUGGCACUUCUGGACCCAAAAAGAUUCAGCCAGGUAACAUCUUAUGCCGGUGGUUUCCCAGAGGCAGCACUCCAAGAAUUAAGCAAGUGCUUGCUGCCAUUUGAUGACAGAGCAACGGUGGCCAAAUUACAGAGUGAGCUCAUCAGUCUGGCAGGACAGCGGAAUAGGUUGAAGACAUCUGUAUUUGAGGAAUACACAACCAAGACAACAGAGGCUGGGCCAGAGGAUGCUGAAGAUGAAGCGGAGAUGGUAUAUAAAAAGUGCUCAUCUUGCAAGGACUGCCCAAUGUGUUGCUACCGUAUCCUUAAGCAGUACAACCUCCUGACAGAUGCAUACCACAUCAUUGGCCUUGCAUACAGGUUCCUGCUUACCCUGUCUGUCACACAGGUAGCAUGCGAGCGAAGCUUUUCAACACUAAAAUUCAUCAAAAACAAGCUCAGGAGCUCGCUCUCUCAACAGAACCUGGAGUCCUUUAUGCUCAUGGCUACUCAACCAGAUGUUUUGAAGAUGCUGGAUAGUGACCAAAUUAUAGAUGGUGUUGCAGAGAAAAGUGAGCUGCUGCAGAAACUACUAAUUCAGUGAGGCCACCCUAUUUUUUCCAGAGGGGACUGACUUCUACAACCUUGCUCCCAAUGUCAAAAUCAACCACUUCAACCCAGCCUCCUCCUUUUAAAAGCAACACAUGGAUGAGCUCACUUAUAGACCCAAAAGGGUAGAGAGGGAAGUAUUGACAGGGCUUAUUGUUUAUAAGUAUGUUGCCCUGCCCUCUAGUGUUUUUUGUUGUUGUGUA